AUGUUGCUCUAUUCAGGAUCCAGGCGCUCUAAGAAAGCUUCCAAAGAUGGCGGCAAUAAAGCGUCUACAGCGUCAGUUGUCUCUGGGAAGUCCCAUUCUACUUCAAAAAGCUCGCGAUCUUUCGUAGACGCCGCCACGAAGAAGAAGAGUACCCCAGAGCAGCCCACUGGAUCAAAGGGCAACGUCUCAAGUUCCAAAAAGGCGCAGAAUACACAAGCUGCAAGAAAUCCUACUUUAAAAGCGGCUGAACCGGAGAAGAAAGUUCCUGAUGUGUUCGAGUACCUUGAAUCGGAUUCCGACACUGACUCCGACGAUUCCUACGUAGAGGAGGAGGAGGAUGAUGAUGAUGAUGAUGCCCCCAACAGCAACCCAACCAGGUCUGGUGGAUCGUUCAAGAAUCCGCACGUCAGACUUGCGCGCCAGACGAACAUGACAGUGCAAGGCAUGGGUGCCCCGAGUCGAACAUCAUCUGUACGAUCGAAAGGCUCAAUGGAUUCCUACCAAGUACCCGGUCUGCUUGAAUUAUCUACGAAAAACAGCACGGCUCGGCGCAAAAUGUCCAUGGAGGGUUAUCUGACAGAGGAGUCGAACAACUCCGACAAGCGGAAAUUGCGUCUGAGUCCAAUGCCAGAGUCUUACGAGCCCUCUCGAGAUCCCACAUCUUUCCAUCCUCCAUUUCCCCCGUCCCCGCCACAAAGCCCUGAGGAGGAUCCCCACCGUAUCAACAGGAAGUCAAGGCGAAAUACAAAAUCCUCAUCCAUUCCUUCCGGCUAUGGACUUCUCAGCUGGCAGCUGAGCUCAUCAGUGGACAAGGAAGAGCCAUCUCUUCCCCCGCUUUACCGACGAUUUGAAGACCUAAACCACCGUGUGCUCCUUCAUCUCCAGGAUGAAAUCGCACAGAUGGAAGAGGAACUGCACGUAUUAGAUGAAUACGAAGAAAUGCAUCGCGUAGCAACCGCAGAACAAGAAGGGACAAACAUUGUACCUGCUUCAAGACGCAUGGAUGCCCAAGCACAGGUCUUUUCAUCCCUGCAUUACCGGCGGGAAGAGUUGAUGGCAGCAUUAGUACAAAAGACCCAGCAAUACAAUAACGCCCUUAGUGCAUAUAGUAAAGUCAUCCAGACGCUCCCCAGCGCGUCGGAUAAAGAUAUCGACACAUAUCGCACUUGGAUGAAAGACAAUGCCCCCGUCGCAGUCGCCGAGACCCGUUUCCUAGAGCACAACAAAGACCUCAUCUCUCUCACCAUGCGAUCGACAUCCAACGCCGCCUCUGCCUUCUCGGCGAUCAUCAUCGCUUCCGCUGCUAUUCUCCUUCCACUGCUCGCCUUUAGCAUGAUCGCGGAAUUUUCAGGACGUCUUCUCGUCGUCGCGAUGGUGGGCGGCGCUGCGUCUGCGAUUGCGUCCAAUUCUGCAGCCAGUGCUGAGAAACUCGUUGCUUCUCACGAUGGGUGGAGAAUUGCUACAUUAUAUUUCGGAUUCAUGACCAUAGCCGCAAUGUUUAUACCUUGA